GGGGUAUGACCCCUAACUACUCCAUAGCCACUUUCACAACCCUUUUGCUUUGCUUUGCUUUGCUUUCAGUUCUUCCAUGGCUGCCGUUCGACCUAGAGAACCAGCAUCCCCUAGCUCUGAUAUAGACAUCGAGUUCGUCUUCGAUUACUCCAAGAGAGGACAGUGGCUUCGUGCUGCCGUGUUAGGCGCAAACGAUGGUUUGAUUUCCAUUGCAGCCCUCAUGAUGGGUGUCGGCUCCGUGCGCAAGGACUUUAUCACCAUGAUCCUCACCGGGGUAGCUGGUAUGAUAGCCGGUGCCUGUAGCAUGGGGAUAGGAGAAUUCGUGUCUGUUUACUCGCAGUACGACGUUGAAAUGGAACAAAUUAACCGUGAUGUUGCUUCGGGAAAUUGUAGCGAAAGAGAUGCGGAGGUGAGGAAAAAGGGUCUGCCUAGUCCGCUGCAGGCGGCGGUUGCAUCUGCGCUGUCUUUUUCUAUGGGAGCAGUGGUGCCGCUGUUAGGGGCAGCGUUUAUAAAGAACUACGGGUUGAGGUUGGGAGUGGUGAUAGUAGUGGUGACCUUGGCACUGCUGGGGUUCGGUGUCUUGGGGGCGGUUCUGGGAGGCUCACCGAUUGUAAAGUCGUGCUUGAGGGUGCUGAUGGGAGGAUGGUUGGCCAUGGCAAUCACUUUUGGGCUCACUAAGCCGUUUGGUAGUGCAUAAGUUGUCACUGGAAAAGGUAGAAAACCUGUUGGCAUACACUACAACGGAAGUUGCUAGAAAAGGUCCACACAUAUACAUAAAUGGUGCCUUGUUUUAAAAGCUUUAUUAUGUCUUUUAAAAAAAUGAUAUGAUUAUAAUAUUAUGUAAUAUUAUAGUUUUAUAAAUAAUAUGUGAUUAU